AUGUGAAAUCCCUACUUUGGAAUUACGAAAAGUCUCGCAGAUUUGAGUAUUAGGAUAAAUCGGGUCGUGUUUGCUGACUUCAUGCUAUUCCAGGAUAAAAUAACAGUUUGUAAUUCUUUUGUUUUUGAAUAAAAUCCCUGUUUGGUUACUAGCGAAACGGAUCAUUGGUAAAGGAUAAGAGAAUACAUAGUUAAUGAAGCAUAUUAUUCUAGAAAAGGAGCUGUAUAUUCAGAAUAAAAAGUUUACUGUAUAUGUCAUCAUGACAGUGGCAUUAGGAGUAACGCUUGGAUCGAUCAGGACAAGUAAAAUUUGUUUCGGAUAUUUCAGGCUACAAUUCAGUUUCCUUGCUUCAGUAAAUAAAAACGUUUUGUCGAGAACCACAAAGAAAAUGAGCCGUUCAUUAGGCAUCACGGGUUUAAAAGCCCAAUAUUGCUGCUUAUACUUCAUUCAAGUAUUCGUACUUAUCUUCUAAGUCUCUUUUACUUUUUCCCUACUUCGGCAAAGUGCUCUCUGUUUUUCUUAGAAGUGGACGAUGAUGAAGAAGAGUUGGAAUUUAAAUACGGCGCGCAACACGUUAUCCAUCUCUUUGUUCCGGUUUCCAUUUGUAUGGUGUUCGUUAUAUUCACGAUGAACACUGUUGGUUAUUAUACUCGCAAAGACGGCCAAUAUUUAAUUUACACUCCAUUUACGAAGGAAACUGAUGAUACUGGUGAAAAGUUAAUAAUGUCAUUCGGAAACGCGUUUGUUAUUUUGGGUGUGGUGAUGACAAUGACCAUUUUAUUAAUUCUUCUUUACAAAUUCCGGUUUUAUCGGAUCAUCAGUGCGUGGUUGAUAUUGAGCAGUCUGAUAUUACUAUCUCUUUUCACAUUCAUGUACUUGCAAGAAGUUUUCAAGAGUUACAACGUGCCAGUUGAUUAUAUAUUGAUUUGUGUUUUUAUUUGGAAUUAUGGCGUAAUGGGAAUGAUUUGCAUUCAUUGGAAAGGCCCUUUAAGAAUGCAGCAGGGCUACUUAAUAAUGAUGUCAGCACUGAUGGCGCUCAUUUUCAUCAAAUAUUUACCAGAAUGGACAGUGUGGACUGUUCUUGCCGUUAUUUCUAUUUGGGAUCUUAUCGCUGUACUUUGUCCAAAAGGACCGUUACGGAUACUUGUCGAGACUGCCCAAGAGCGAAAUGAACCGAUAUUUCCAGCACUUAUUUAUUCCUCUGGUUUGCUUUACGCGUACACAUUAAUUGGUGCAACUACGAUGGAACAGGAUACUUCAUGUGUUACAAGAAAUACUCAGUCAAAUUCUGGUAAUCAUGGAAGCGCAACUAGUUCAGCGGAUAAUUCACUGCCAUCAACGGCUGAAUUACUUCCAGCUACUGUUGCUAAUGAAAAGCGAGGAUUUCCUCAAGGAAAAAUCAUACGACGAUUUGCUCCGAUGCGUGCUACCAGUGGUACAGAUCAGGGCGUAGCAAAUGCUAGCUUGAAUGCAGAAGAACAUAUGGAUAAUAAUUCAAAAGGUGUCAAAAAAGAUCGGGCCACUGCAUUACUCAGUAAAGGUGGCGAAAGUAGUAGAACACGAGUGGUAAUUGCUGAUAAUGCCGAAGCUGAUCCAGAUAGAUUGCAGGAUCCAAGAUUUCCAGAUGAAAAAGGCAUCAAGCUUGGCCUAGGUGAUUUUAUCUUCUACAGUGUAUUGGUUGGAAAAGCAAGUAGUUAUGGUGAUUGGAAUACAACAAUAGCUUGCUAUGUUGCAAUUCUCAUUGGUCUAUGUUUUACACUCAUACUGUUGGCUGUAUUCCGUAAAGCAUUACCAGCCCUUCCGAUUUCGAUUUUUUGCGGAUUAAUCUUUUACUUUUGUACACGUGGCAUUAUUACACCUUUCUGUACCAGUUUGAGCUUACGGCAUUUAAUAUAUUAACUUUGGAAGGAGAAAUAUUGUAGUGAAUGUGCUCCUCAAUAAGUCUUUUCCUAUUUGACAAUCUCUUUUUUCUUGAUUUGUUUUGUUAUGUGUUAAGACACUUAUUUGUAUAAAAUAAUAAGUAAGGCGUUUUCAUCUGUUAUUUUCAUAUUUAUAUUUUUAU